UCAACCGUACAUUUCUAAAUUGGAAUUCCGCGUGGGGCCUCGUCACUCGUCGCUCCAAAAAAAUUCCUCAUCCAAACACUCCAGCCAAUCAAUCCGCGCCAAAUCACCCCUUCGCCGGCAACGCCCGCCGGAUCCGUCCACCGCCGCCAUCCACUUCUCUUCUUCCUUAACUUUAAAGCCAUUUCCUCUUUCGCUUCACCAAUAAUUCACCGUCUCAGAGCUUUUCACGUGUAUUUCACUUAGGCUUCACCGCACUUUCAGCCCUUCUCCACCGCAGCCACAAGUUUCCGAGCGCUGACAUUUUUCGUAAUCCUCUCGUAUUUCAAAGCUCUGACUUCAUCAACAAAUUAUUGUCAUAGCUGAGUUGAAUCGUGCAGAGAAGCCAUGGCGGAUGUUAAUUGUAACCCCGAUUUGGCUUCGAAUAAACUAUCACUUGAUGAAAUUAGAGAUUCUUUGAUCAGACAAGAGGAUACGAUUGUUUUCUGUCUCAUUGAGAGAGCCAAGUUUCCUCUUAAUCCAAAGCUGUACCAUCGUAAUCAUGGAUUUACUGGUUCUUUGGUUGAGUUCAUUGUGAGAGAAACCGAGGCCAUUCAAGCUAAGGCCGGUAGAUAUGAGAAUCCUGAAGAAAAUGCAUUCUUCCCAGAACAUUUGCCUCGUCCUUUGGUGCACCCUCGCAAGUAUCCAAAGGUUUUGCAUCCUUCAGGUGCUUCAAUUAAUAUGAACAAACCCAUAUGGGAUUUCUAUUUCAAUAAAUUCUUACCAUUGUUGGUUGCCGAUGGCGACGAUGGAAAUUAUGCAGCCACUGCAGCUAGUGAUCUUGCCUGUUUGCAGGCACUUUCAAGGAGGAUUCACUGUGGAAAAUACGUAGCUGAGGUGAAGUUUAGGGAUGCCCCCCACGAAUACGAGCCUCCUAUUCGCUCUCAGGAAAGAGAUAGUUUGAUGAAGUUAUUAACAUUUGAGGCUGUGGAAGAGAUGGUGAAGAAGAGAGUAGAGAAGAAGGCUAGGGUGUUUGGGCAAGAAGUCACCCUCAACAACACAGUUGAUGGGGGAAAGUAUAAGAUUGAUCCAUUGCUCGCGGCUCGCCUUUACGACGAAUGGGUAAUGCCUCUCACGAAGGAAGUCGAAGUCGAAUAUCUUCUACGUCGUCUUGAAUAAUUCUAUCCGAUGACCAUAAAUAAAUAACACGACCAAUCAAGAUUUUCUUAAGAUUUAUGACUGUAAUCUUAUUAUUUAUAUAAUUUAUUCUGAAGAACUCUAUGAUCACUAGUUGAGUUAUGUUUAGAACACGACCAACCGAGAUUAUUUAAAGAUUUAUGAUUGUAAUCUUAUCAUUUGUAUAAUUUAUUCUCUGAAAAACUUUAAUCACUAGUUGAGCUA